GGUGGCGCUCUGGCACGCUUGCGCGGCGAGUAGAACGUGUGGCGGCGGCGGAGAUCGCGUCUUUUUCGCUCCGUGUCCCGCUGCUGCUCCUGUGAGCGCCCGGCGAGUCCGUCCUGUCCACCGUCCGCAGCUGGUAGCCAGCCUGCCCCUCGCCUCGACUCCCUUUCACCAACACCGACACCCACAUUGACACCUCCAGUCCGGCCAGCCGCUCCACUCGUUGCCUUUGCAUCUCCACACAUGGCGUCCUCCGCGCAGAGCGGCGGCUCCUCCGGGGGACCCGCGGUCCCCACCGUGCAGCGGGGCAUCGUCAAGAUGGUCCUCUCAGGGUGCGCCAUCAUUGUCCGAGGUCAGCCUCGUGGUGGGCCUCCUCCUGAGCGGCAGAUCAACCUCAGCAACAUCCGUGCUGGAAAUCUUGCUCGCCGGGCAGCUGCCACACAACCUGAUGCAAAGGAUACCCCUGAUGAGCCCUGGGCAUUUCCAGCUCGAGAGUUCCUUCGAAAGAAGCUGAUUGGGAAGGAAGUCUGUUUCACGAUAGAAAACAAGACUCCCCAGGGGCGAGAGUAUGGCAUGAUCUACCUUGGAAAAGAUACCAAUGGGGAAAACAUUGCAGAAUCACUGGUUGCAGAGGGCUUAGCCACCCGGAGAGAAGGCAUGAGAGCUAAUAAUCCUGAGCAGAACCGGCUUUCAGAAUGUGAAGAACAAGCAAAGGCAGCCAAGAAAGGGAUGUGGAGUGAGGGGAACGGUUCACAUACUAUCCGGGAUCUCAAGUAUACCAUUGAAAACCCAAGGCACUUUGUGGACUCACACCACCAGAAGCCUGUUAAUGCUAUCAUCGAGCAUGUGCGGGACGGCAGUGUGGUCAGGGCCCUGCUCCUCCCAGAUUACUACCUGGUUACGGUCAUGCUGUCAGGCAUCAAGUGCCCAACUUUUCGACGGGAAGCAGAUGGCAGUGAAACUCCAGAGCCUUUUGCUGCAGAAGCCAAAUUUUUCACCGAGUCGCGACUGCUUCAGAGAGAUGUUCAGAUCAUUCUGGAGAGCUGCCACAACCAGAACAUUCUGGGUACCAUCCUUCAUCCAAACGGCAACAUCACAGAGCUCCUCCUGAAGGAAGGUUUCGCACGCUGUGUGGACUGGUCGAUUGCAGUUUACACCCGGGGCGCAGAAAAGCUGAGGGCGGCAGAGAGGUUUGCCAAAGAGCGCAGGCUGAGAAUAUGGAGAGACUAUGUGGCUCCCACUGCUAAUUUGGACCAAAAGGACAAGCAGUUUGUUGCCAAGGUGAUGCAGGUUCUGAAUGCUGAUGCCAUUGUUGUGAAGCUGAACUCAGGCGAUUACAAGACGAUUCACCUGUCCAGCAUCCGCCCACCAAGGCUGGAGGGGGAGAACACCCAGGAUAAGAACAAGAAACUGCGUCCGCUGUAUGACAUUCCUUACAUGUUUGAGGCCCGGGAAUUUCUUCGAAAAAAGCUUAUUGGGAAGAAGGUCAAUGUGACAGUGGACUACAUUAGACCAGCCAGCCCAGCCACAGAGACAGUGCCUGCCUUUUCAGAGCGUACCUGUGCCACUGUCACCAUUGGAGGAAUAAACAUUGCUGAGGCUCUUGUCAGCAAAGGUCUAGCCACAGUGAUCAGAUACCGGCAGGAUGAUGACCAGAGAUCAUCACACUACGAUGAACUGCUUGCUGCAGAGGCCAGAGCUAUUAAGAAUGGCAAAGGAUUGCAUAGCAAGAAGGAAGUGCCUAUCCACCGUGUUGCAGAUAUAUCUGGGGAUACCCAAAAAGCAAAGCAGUUCCUGCCUUUUCUUCAGCGGGCAGGUCGUUCUGAAGCUGUGGUGGAAUACGUCUUCAGUGGUUCUCGUCUCAAACUCUAUUUGCCAAAGGAAACUUGCCUUAUCACCUUCUUGCUUGCAGGCAUUGAAUGCCCCAGAGGAGCCCGAAACCUCCCAGGCCUGGUGCAGGAAGGAGAGCCCUUCAGCGAGGAAGCUACACUUUUCACCAAGGAACUGGUUCUGCAGCGAGAGGUGGAGGUGGAGGUGGAGAGCAUGGACAAGGCCGGCAACUUUAUCGGCUGGCUGCACAUCGAUGGCGCCAACCUGUCCGUCCUGCUGGUGGAGCACGCACUCUCCAAGGUCCACUUCACUGCCGAACGCAGCUCCUACUACAAGUCCCUGCUGUCUGCCGAGGAGGCCGCCAAGCAGAAGAAAGAGAAGGUCUGGGCCCACUAUGAGGAGCAGCCCGUGGAGGAGGUGAUGCCAGUGCUGGAGGAGAAGGAGCGAUCCGCCAGCUACAAGCCCGUGUUUGUGACCGAGAUCACUGAUGACCUGCACUUCUACGUGCAGGAUGUGGAGACCGGCACCCAGUUGGAGAAGCUGAUGGAGAACAUGCGCAAUGACAUUGCCAGUCACCCUCCUGUAGAGGGCUCCUAUGCCCCUCGCAGGGGAGAGUUCUGCAUUGCCAAAUUUGUAGAUGGAGAAUGGUACCGUGCCCGAGUAGAGAAAGUCGAGUCUCCUGCCAAAAUACAUGUCUUCUACAUUGACUACGGCAAUAGAGAGGUCCUGCCAUCCACCCGCCUGGGUACCCUACCACCUGCCUUCAGCACUCGGGUGCUGCCAGCUCAAGCCACGGAGUAUGCCUUCGCCUUCAUCCAGGUGCCCCAAGAUGAUGAUGCCCGCACGGACGCCGUGGACAGCGUAGUUCGGGAUAUCCAGAACACUCAGUGCCUGCUCAACGUGGAACACCUGAGUGCCGGCUGCCCCCAUGUCACCCUGCAGUUUGCAGAUUCCAAGGGCGAUGUGGGGCUGGGCUUGGUGAAGGAGGGGCUGGUCAUGGUGGAGGUGCGCAAGGAGAAACAGUUCCAGAAAGUGGUACGUGAUGUGGAGAGGCAGCCCCAGCAUUGCGCCACCACCCUUACAGAGAAAGGGACUGUUCCACAAGCCAGGAAGGGAGCAGGGAAUCCACCAUCCUGCUGUUCCUGCUGGGGAAAGAUAAUGGAUUUGGGUUUGUUGGCGUUUUUUUGUUUUUGUUUUAAAGCUAAUUACAUCCCAAAUUAAUUGGCUGCAGGUUUGGCUGAGAAUGCAGCUGCAAACUAGAGCGGAAAGCUUCCCUCCCCAUGUACCCCCAGGUGACAGGCGAGAAAGCUUUGCCAGGGGCGAUGUGGAGAGGGUCAAGGCCUGUCCCUCCCGCUCUCCCAGUCUCUCUCCAACAGACAACUUCCAAGUCAAUAACCAACUCCUAACACCCAGUGCCACCCCGAGCCAGAGCUGUCGAGGAGGCAGCACCAAAGGGCCCAGAAAGACUCUGCCACACAACCCUCUGGCUAUUUGGAAAGCCCCUUGGACUUGGAGUCCUGCCUCCACCAUUCUAAGAGGAGAAGCCAGCCUCCUGAGCCCCAUCUCCCUGCUUAUGAAGUGAGGGGAGCACUAGCUGCCUUGCCACUUCUCAGGGCUGAUCGUGAUAAUCAGUGCGCUCAUACCUGGGAAACAACUUGCACUGCGCAGCCUUUGGUGAUUAGCUUUGGGCUCUGGAUACAAGGCAGCCCCUUCCACCCAACACUGUACAUUUCUGAGUCCCUCUCUACCCUCUCACCAAGCAGCCACUGAGGCCCUAUUGCAGACCAGCCCUGCUUCCCAGCUGGGCUGAAUCAGCAAACCAUCCAAGAGGGCCAGACUUGGGGAAGCUCGGGCCCCCCACAGAGCUGCCGUCUCCCAGCAGAAAGUGAUGAGAGGGCAGCAGGAUGUGGCCAGCUUCUCCCUAUGUUCCCUCAGAGACAGGCGCAAGAAAGGCAAGGCAUGAAAACCAAACACUUUCCUCCUCUUCAUCUCUUUUCCAUUCGCCCACUGCUCUCCCUUCUCCCAGCCCUCCUGGCCUUUCCUCUCUCCCCACCGCACUGCAAGCCCACAUAAUGUGUUGGUGGCUGUGCAGGCUGAUGACUCACUGGAACGAGACACCCCUGUGGGCUGCCACUGUGUCUCAAGAGAAGCCCAACCCCUAAGCCCCUCUGGAUAGACCCCCACUUUCCUUAGGAGAUGGCUCCUAGGAGGUCAGCUUUAGCCUCCCUAUAGAAUUGGAGAUCUUAAUGUACCCCAUAUGAAACUGCCCAUAAUGCCCUUGCUAUCUAGAAAAUUCCUUCUGCCGCAGUCCCUGAGAUAAACACCUAACAUGUUCAUUUAUUUAUUCAUUCUAUCAGCAGACAUUUAUUGAGGGCCUACGGUAUAUCAGAGAGCAAGAGACAGCACCCCUGCCCUGAGAAGCUUACAUUCAAGCAUGAGGAGACAACAAUUACAAUGAACAUAAUAAGUAAAUUAAAUAGGAUAUUAGAAGAUGAUAACUGCAGUGAAAAAAAG